AUGGCAAGGAAACUUUUGGGAGGACAGUGGAUCAACUCCAUCGUCCUGACCUGCCCUCUCCUCCAAGGGGUUCUCUGUGCUGUCUGGCUGGCCACCUCUCCCCCAUCCCCAAACCUGGACUUCCAUUCCUUGGAGGAAGAGAUCAUAGCGGAAUGCAAUGAAGGUUCGGUCGCUAUGUUUUACGUUGUCCUGGGCUACAUGGGUUUCCUGGCCCUGGUCAGCUUCACGGUGGCUUUCCUAGCAAGGAAGCUGCCUGACAGCUUCAAUGAAGCCAAGUUUAUCACCUUCAGCAUGCUGGCCAUGGACCGGACUCUGAGGACCAAAUGCCUCUUGACCAGACCCUUCCAGCUCCAGGAAGAUUAUUGCAGGCCAGGAGACCUCAUUGUCGGAGGGCUUCUGCCCCACCUCAAGACAGCAGUCAUAAGCGUGUCUUUUGAAGAACCUCCCAGAAACAUCCCUAUAGCUCGGCCAGUGCCUAAAAACUAUCAGCACAUCCUGGCUCUUGUCUUUGUCAUCCAUGAAAUCAACAAGGAUCCAGCACUCCUCCCCAACAUCACGCUGGGUUUCCGCAUCUUUGAGGACACCUACUUUGCCAGAAUGACCUACCAGGCCAGCCUGUCAUUUCUCUCCACACGGGGUCAAGUGGUCCCUAACUAUAGAUGCAGCCAAGAGGAGAAUCUUCUGUCUGUCAUUGGAAGUCUCUUCUCCAGAAUUUCAGUGCAAAUGGCCUCCAUCCUUGACAUCUUCAAGAUCCCACAGAUUCAUGCCUUUCUGAGGAAGACCCAGUUCAACAACAGCACUGGAGAAGAAGUAUUUUUUACUGGAAAAGACAGGAGAUCAUCUGGCUAUGAUAUUCUGAACUUGAUCUUCUUCCCAAAUCAAUCGUCAGCUCAAGUGAAAGUUGGAAGGAUGGAUCCUAGGGCUCCCCCAGGCCAAGAUUUCAUCCUUAACACGGAUGCGAUUAUUUGGGCUUCCCAGAAACUGCCCUCUUCCAGAUGUGUGGAGAGUUGCUCACCAGGAUACAGCCAAAAAGUUAAAGAAGGAGAGCCAGUUUGCUGUUAUGAAUGCAUACACUGUCCGAAGAGGACAAUUUCUAACCAUACAGAUGCUGAUCACUGUACCCAGUGUCCAGAAGAUCAAUAUCCAGACGAGGAUCAAGAUGGGUGUAUCUCAAAGAACUUAACCUUCCUUUCCUAUGAAGAGAUUUUGGGGUUAGUUUUAGCUUCUCUUGCCGUUUUACUGUCUCUGGUCACAGGUCUAGUCCUGGCCACAUUCAUUAAACAUCAAGACACACCAAUUGUCAAAGCCAACAAUCGAGACCUCACCUACAUCCUCCUCAUCUCCCUCCUGCUCGGCUUCCUCUGCUCCUUGCUGUUCAUCGGUCAGCCCACAAAGAUCACCUGCCUUCUGCGCCAAACUAGCUUCAGCAUCCUGUUUUCCAUUGCCAUUUCUUCCAUCCUGGCAAAGACCGUCAUGGUAAUUCUGGCCUUCAAUGCCACUAAACCAAGAAACAUGACAAGAGGAUUGUUGCGGAGACAGUGGAUCAACUCCAUGGUCCUAGGCUGUCCUCUCAUCCAAACUCUUAUUUGUGCAGUUUGGCUGGGGACCUCACCACCAUUCCCAAAUCCAGACUUCCAUUCCUUAGAGAAAGAGAUCAUAGAGGAAUGCUAUGAAGGGUCUGUCGCUAUGUUUUACACUGUCCUUGGUUACAUGGGUUUUCAGGCCCUCAUAAGCUUCUUGGUGGCUUUUUUAGCUAGGAAAUUGCCUGACAGCUUUAACGAAGCCAAGUUUAUCACCUUCAGCAUGCUGGUGUUUUGCAGCGUUUGGGUCUCCUUCGUGCCAACCUACUUGAGCACCAAAGGGAAGUCCAUGGUGGCCGUGGAGAUCUUCUCCAUCUUGGCCUCAGGUGCUGGUCUCCUGGGGUGCAUCUUUCUCCCCAAAUGUUACAUUCUUGUCCUGAGGCCUGAUCUCAAUUGCAGAGAUCAUCUCAUAAGGAAAAAAACGCCUUCUAGAUUGUCCUUUCCUUUCGGGCUUGGCCUCUGGCUGGGUGGUCCGGCCCUUCCCUGGGCCGUCCUCCAAUCCCGGGCUGGCCUGCUUCUCCCUCCGCCCUGCCGGCCUCUGCCGCCCUCCCAACUGGCCGAGAGCGCCUGCGCCAGCGUUUGGCGGCCCGGCGUGGCCUCGCCCCGCCAGCCGCGGCCUCCCCCGCUGCCCGGGCUGGGCCGUUCCGGCCGGGGCGCCGAUCGCGCCAGCCGCUGUUUCCUGGUGCGCCUGCCACCGCGGCCGCUCGGGAUCCUUGUCUUCGGCGCGGCGGCGGGCGGCGGCGCAGCGGCGGCGCAACUGCUGGGGCCCUCGUCUGCCGGUGGGGCCUUGUCUUCGGCCCGGUAG